CAGACAGCACGCAAAGGGCUUCAUCAGUUAAGAAGAAGGAGACAAACAAGUCCAUGUCGAAAAAAAUAAAUCUCAAUGUAGGCGGCCACCACUUCACUACAAGCGUUCAAACGCUGACCAAAGAUUCAAACUCGAUGUUGGCGGCCAUGUUUUCUGGAAGGUUUGAACUAAAGCCUUGUGAGGACGGCGCGUUCUUCAUUGACCGAGAUGGAACUCCCUUCCGGUAUAUACUCAAUUAUCUUCGCACUGGAAAAUUGACUUUGCCAGAAGACGCAACGUUUCUGAAGGAACUGCAAGAAGAAGCUGAAUUUUAUCAGAUUCAAGGAAUAAUAGACGAGCUGGUGCCCUCUGAAUCUAAACUUUCAGCAUCUAAACCUAGCGAGGCAUUUGUAGAGUCAGAAAUUUUGACUAACGAAGAGCACCAGAGAGUAUUGAAAGUUUGGCUGUCUCCUCUGGAAGGAAAAUGGCGCCUUCUGUUCCGGGCUUCUCGAGAUGGCUUUGCAGCUGAAAUCUUUCACUCCAAAUGUGAUGCUCAAGGUCCCACAGUCACCAUUGUAAAAAGUGGAAACUACAUUUUUGGAGGUUUUACCGAUGUGUCAUGGACAAGAAGCCGAAUCAUGUGGAUAACUUGCACACAGGCGUUCCUAUUUAGCAUGGUCAACCACCAGCAUGGCCUGAGACCAACUAAAAUAUCAAUUAAUAAGAGCAAGUUGAAAGGCUUUUUCUGCGAUAGCACCCUGGGACCAACGUUUGGAGGAAAUCGCGACCUACAAAUAAUAUCGGGGGAAAAGAAAGGCUAUAGUGAGCUUGGGUUUUUGUUUGACGUUCCCCCAGGCCAGCAAACGACGUACUUAGCAGGGGUAAACAAAUUCACUGUGACCGAUUACGAAGUGUUUGGAUUAUACGCGUAACUUAAGAGAUUACUGGCGCUACCUUAACUCACAGGCUCCACGGCCCAGUUUUGAUCGAAGACAAACCGCGGACGACUGGUACUGAGCGUUCCAUCUGGGGAGACAUUUAAUUAUGAAGUUGCUACAGGGUCCCAUGAAAAUGCACGAAUCAUGCAGUUAUUCAGAGAGAGGACUAAGGGCUAAUUGUGCUAGAACUUCUCUUUGGAGAUUAAACGACAGGGACAAAUGUGAUAUGACUUUUCAAGUUACCGUAGAAUUCCGAAAGUAAUGCCCCNCCCCCCCGAAAAUAACGGCUCCCCGAAAAUAACGUUAAUUUUCUAUUUUCCUAUUGAGCCCCGAAAGAAACGAUCCCUCUGAAAGUAGCGGCCCUUUGAAGAAGUCACUAAAAGAGAAACUCUCUGGUCUCAAGCGAAAUGCGGAUGGAGCACUCUGACUGCAGGACUAAACAACUUGAAGAGUUAUUUGUGAUUCAUUUCGAACUUAACUGAAUUUUUGUUGAAAUAUUUAUGAGCUGUAUUUGUCUGGCGCAGAGUCAAAUGAUGCACUGCAGUGCAAUUACUUGCAUCGCGAUAUAAUGUUUCACCCUACAGUACCAACAUUAAGGACCUUUUUUGUUUAUACAGCCUGCUUUGUUUAUGUGGGUAGUUAGGAACACACAUAAAUGUGUUAUGCGUCCGCUUUGUCUAAACGACUGUUACCGUAGAAACGGUUUUUAGCCAUCCGAAGGUGACGGCUACCCAAAAGUGGCGGUCCCUUUUGCCUGCUAAAUCCAAAAGUAACUGGGGCCGUUACUUUUGGAAUUCUACGAUAUUUAUCGGUAGAAGUAAACGAGUUAUCGCCAUUCUUUAAAUGCCUCUUAAAGGGUUUAACUAGGAUUUUUUUUCUUUGCGGAUUGUAAUAUUUUUUUUGUUUACAAUUUCUUUAAAAUUACUGUUUACUGAAAGUAGAAUUACGAAUUCUCUGUUAUCAAAUACCACGACUUAUUGGAAAGAGGUUUCUGGGAUAAGCCGUGACAUUUUAAAUGCCAUUAAUGAUAGAACGCAAGAUGAUUACAAGAUUCGAAUAACGUGAUGGCAUUAUCGGUAACUUGAUGUCUACAAUCGCAGACGAAACCUGUUGAGACAAAGUCAUAUCAAAGCCGUUCUCCUCAAACUGCGAUGCGCACGCGCAGUGCGAGUGUCGUACGGAUAUACGUACGUCUGGACGGAUGGACGUACACACGGACAAUCACGUGACAAGCAAUUUCUUUUUAGCUCAAUGGAUUACCAAAUUUUUUAAGGCACGGGACUCCACUAUGGCGCCUUUGGCGCGCAGGAGACCAAGAACGCAAGCGUGCAAACUUGAAGGGGGCCUAGGGAAAAGCACUGCACUAACUUGGCAUUGGUAAGGCAAAGCACGCCUGGAACGAUAAACAGUUCUGCAACUUCACCGUAAAAGCAUAUAAAUGCUUAAAGGGCGUAGGGGAAGAAAAAACCACGCACAAAAGCCAGGGAACGAAACAAGGGACAACACCUGCGCAAAUACAAGCUAGCAGACGACGUAAUGAACGACUAAAAGCACCAAACCGUGACCACAAGAAAAAGUGUAGUUGUACCAGUAAGAUUGCCGUAUUUGGGUCUCCAUAAACUUGACCUGCUGUA